AUGGUGAGUUACAAUGGCAGCGUCAAUGGCUAUUUCAAAGGAAAAAGAGGUUUGAGGCAGGGAGAUCCUUUAUCUCCCUACUUAUUUGUUAUUGCAAUGAACUUCUUAUCGCUAAUGCUCAAAAAAGCGGCUGCAGAUAACAAGUUUAAGUACCAUUAUAAGUGUAAGGAGACAAAGCUCACCCAUCUAUCAUUCGCUGAUGACCUGUUGAUCUUCAUAGAUGGUUCUAUGGAGUCAGUCCAACAUGUGCUUAUGGUGCUCCGCGAAUUUGAGCUUCGAUCAGGCCUGAAAGUCAGCAUGGAGAAGACAAGUUUUUUUGCAUCAGGUCUCACGGAACAGGAGUCACAAUUAAUCCAAGCCACAACUGGAAUGCACAUGGGAUCAUUACCUGUUAGAUAUCUGGGUGUCUCGCUAGACUCCAAGAAGCUGAGCCUCACCAGCGCUGAACCGCUUCUUCACCAGAUAAAAGCGAAAUUCUCCUCUUGUGGCUCAGUGUGGGUUGCGUGGUUCAAAGAAGUAAUCCUCAAGGGCUCUAUCUCGAACUACUGGACAACAAAGCCUAGCUCCUCUUUCUCCUGGUUAGCAAACAAACUCUUAAAGCUCAAGGACACGGUCUUCCCUCUCAUCAAACUGCGAAUUCAGAAUGGUCUCUCAGCCCGCUUCUGGUUUGACAACUGGUCACCUUUUGGGAAACUAUACGACUAUCUCAAAGGAUCAUCCUCGCGCCUUGGAAUCUCUCUCAAUGCAACUGUGGGAUCUUUGAUCACCAAUGGAAGAUGGCGCAUCCCCCCUGCACGAUCAGAGGAGCAGCUACAGUUACAAACUUAUCUAACAACUCUACAACUCAAUGGGGAACCGGACUACUAUGAAUGGGAAUUGGGAGCUCCUACCGCUUCUAGAUAUUCUACUGGUGAGACUUAUAAUUACCUUAGGCCCCAGAGGCCGCGAGUGAGAUGGGUUGAUGUGGUUUGGACGAAACGUGGGAUCCCUAGGCAUAACUUCCAUCUCUGGCUGGUGCUUCAAGACAGGAUCCCAACGCGUGAUAGGCUUAUCAGCUGGGGAUUGCAAGUGAGCCCUUCAUGCCUUCUAUGUAACGCCGCAAAUGAAUCACGCGAUCACCCCUUCCAAGACUGCUCCUUCAGCUUUAAUCUGUGGACUCAACUUGCUAGGAAACUCCGACUAUCACCGCUCAGGAACUGGGAUGCUACGCUAGGUCAAAUGAUCGCUCUACCUAAAGGUAAACCCCCAACUCUGCUCUCCUAUCUAGCGUGGCAAGCUAUGAUCUAUUGGUUAUGGAAUGAGAGGAAUGCGAGACUACACUCAAACACCUUCCGCUCGGUCGACACCAUCUACACCACUAUCUAUCGCCAACUGAAGAACAAGAUUCAGAGCUUCAGACCUUCGAACCCAACGAUGUCUUCAGCGAUGAUGCAACUUUGGAUCUAA